AUGGCCGAUGCUUUGUUUUCAGUGGCCAAUGCUUUGUGUUCAGCGUUUUUCGAAGUCUUGAUCGAGCGCGCGCAUCCGGCGAGAGCCUUAGCCGUAGCCGUAGCCGUAGAUCACGAUGAGAUCAGUAACCUGAACUUACACGUCGGCUUUGACUCAAGUCACAGGAAGAACACAGCGCUUCAUAUUGCUGCAAGAGUAGGGAACAAGAAAAUGGUGGAAGCGUUACUCAGCGAGGGUACGCCAGCUUCGCUUCUCACUGAGAAUUCUAAACAUGAAACCCCACUUCACAUUGCAGCUAGAUCUGGCCAUGUUCAUGUGGUAAAAUUUCUUAUUGAUUGGGCGACCGAGUCCACAGAUGUCGAAACUGGAGGGAUACAACAGGUACUGAGAAUGAGAAACAUGGAAGGCAACACGCCAUUACAUGAAGCUGUUAGAAAUGGUCACCAUUCUACUGUGCUAGUAUUCAUGGAAGCAAAGGACUCAGAUCUGUUUGUUUCACUCAACAAUGCUGGGGAGUCUCCACUUUUAAUGGCUGUUGAUACUAGGGCAAGUGAAAUUGUGAAAACUAUAUUACCAAAUUCAAAGCCCUCUUCUCUUCUCCAUAGAAGUUCAAACGGCCAGACAAUUCUCCACAGGGCCAUUCUGAGAGCUGAUUUGAAUAGCAGCGGAAGAAGUCCUCUUCACUAUGCUGCAGCUUCCGGUGCCUUAGCCUUAGUCGAUCAUUUACUACAACUAAAACCUUCCAAUGGAUCUUUCCUCGAUGGCAAUUUAGCAACACCGGCUCAUAUGGCUGCAGAAAAUGGGCAUCUGAAUGUAUUGAAAUUGUUUGUCAAGCGCUGCCGCUAUUGGGUCGAAUUACUCAACAAUCACCACCAAAAUAUCCUUCAUGUAGCAGCCCAAAAUGGACAUCUUAAAGUUGUUCGAUAUAUUCAAAAUAUGUUCAUGGUGAAUGAUCUAUUGAAUGAGACCGAUGAGGACGGAAACACCCCUUUGCAUCUUGCAGCAGCAAAAUUGCACAGCAGCAUCGUAAGUACUCUUAUCCAAACAGGAAAUGUGGAUACUACGGCAAUCAAUAAAAAAGGUGAAACAGCUCUCGAUAUUGCUAGGAAAUUUCAGGUGUGA